AUGAUGAAAGCAACAGGAUUAGGCUCCCAUAAGCCUCUUUCGGGCCAACUUUAUAAAUAUACUAAUGUUGUCAAGGGAUGGCAGCAGAGAUGGUUUGCAGUAGACCCAGAGACUGGUGUCCUUUCUUAUUAUCUUUUUGAUGGACCAGGUGAUACAAUUCAGCCUGGACAGCCAGCACGAGGAGAGGCACAUCUAGCAGCUGCUGUGAUAUGCCCCAGCGAUGAGGAUUCUCGUACCUUCACCAUUAAUUGUGCGUCUGGUGAUAUGCUGAAGCUAAGAGCAACGGAUGCAAGAGCUCGUCAAGAGUGGGUUAACGGACUAAGGGCGAUUGCCGAAAUACAUACAAAAGCAAUGGGCGCCAACCCUCCACUUCAGCCCCGAGAGCAGUUGGCCGUGCAUGAUGCGAUGGCAUCUGCCAGGCAACAGUUGCAAGCCACAGAACUUAGUGACGCAGCUUUGGCCCGAUGCAUUGAAUCAUCAGAUUCACCAUUCCCGCAUACUGAUCCUGAUCUGUUAUUACUAAAGGCAACAUCGGCAGCUAGUAUGCAGUGUCUCCUGCAAUGCCUCGGAAUCCUGCAUCGUCAACAACAAUAUGCAACUGUCAGUGUUUCCAGCAAGAAUUCAGACUAUGACCAUUAG